GGGGCGCCCUGAGUCGCUGGGCAGCCACGAUCGGGUCUCGCCGGCGGGGGGCGCGCCGUGACGCGCCGGGGUGGCGGUGGGAGCUGCGCUUGCAGCUGAGCCCCGUUUCUCCGGUGCCGCAGUAUCCCUGGUACUGAGAGCUGAAUACCCACACCCAGGGCUGGGGCCGUAGCAGAAAGGAAACUGAGGCUAGGAGGUCGGCCGGGAGGCUGCCUGGCGGAGGCGGUGCCGCUCCGAGUGGGCGGGGCUAGUCCAGGCCCCGCCCCGUCCCCGACCCCGACCGCUCCGCUCCGCUCCGCUAGUGCCCGGCACGCCGCCGCCAGUGCUGCCGGCUCCAGGCUAUGGAUGCCCCGGGGGCCCCGGCCCCGGCCGCCGCCCCCGGCCCGGGCAGGAAGGAGCUGAAGAUCGUGAUCGUGGGCGACGGCGGCUGCGGCAAGACCUCGCUGCUCAUGGUGUACAGCCAGGGCUCCUUCCCCGAGCACUACGCCCCGUCGGUGUUCGAUAAGUACACGGCCAGCGUGACGGUUGGCAGCAAGGAGGUGACCCUGAGCCUCUACGACACGGCCGGGCAAGAAGACUAUGACCGGCUGCGGCCCCUGUCCUACCAGAACACCCACCUCGUGCUCAUCUGCUAUGACGUCAUGAACCCCACCAGCUAUGACAACGUCCUCAUCAAGUGGUUCCCUGAGGUCACGCAUUUCUGCCAUGGGACCCCCAUGGUGCUCAUCGGCUGCAAGACGGACCUAAGGAAGGACAAGGAGCAGCUGCGGAAGCUCCGGGCCGCCCAGCUGGAGCCCAUCACCUACAUGCAGGGCAUGAGCGCCUGCAAACAGAUCCGAGCUGCUCUCUACCUGGAAUGCUCCGCCAAGUUUCGGGAGAAUGUGGAGGACGUCUUCCGGGAGGCCGCCAAGGUGGCUCUCAGUGCUCUAAAGAAGACACAGCGGCAGAAGAAGCGCCGGCUCUGCCUGCUGCUGUGACCCAGGGCAGUUGGCCAUCGAGACAGCAAUGACGGGGCCCGGGACCCCAGGGGCCAACUGCGCUGGGAGGCUGCCCCAUCCCCACCCUCCAGCUCCUGGUGUCUGGACUCUUGCAACAUUCAGGAAUUCUCUCCUUUCCUGGCUGGGGCUCUGACCAUAAACUCCCCUCCAGGCUCCCCCUGGGGUGCGGUGGUGAUGUGGGUACGGGAGCCAAUGUCUGUCCUCAGGACUCAAAGUGCCCUCAUCACAGCUGCCCCCGCCAUGAGGGUCUCCCCAGUGCAGACCCAAGUUAUGCUUGGAAUGAA